AUGGCGAAUCUUGAGCCCAUACCCGGCCCACCUGGCCUGCCCAUUGUUGGCAACAUUGGAGACAUCGACGCAACAAACCCCACACAGUCCAUGUGCAAUUUGACAUUGAAAUAUGGCCCUAUAUGGAAAUUCUAUCUCGGCGGCGACCGUGUCGUCAUCGCGAACCAAGCUCAUCUUAACGAGAUCUGCGAUGAGGAACGGUUCUCAAAGAUCAUAGCAGCAUCGCUUGAACAAGUCCGGAAUGGUGUUCACGAUGGCCUGUUCACAUCGUACGGACCACAAGAGGAGAAUUGGGGUAUUGCACACCGUGUCUUGCUUCCACAACUAGGGCCGCUGGCGAUUCGCAACAUGUUCAACGAGAUGCACGACAUUGCGUCUCAACUC